UGUCUUCUUAACUGAGUCGCGUAGCAAGCUGCUAAUAGUCGCUCACUCAACCGGGACUUCUCUGCUUUCACUGCGGCAAGAUGCCCAUCUGUAAAUAUUCUGCCGACGAGUCCAACUGAUCGGCCUCUGAACACGACAUUUUCUUUGUUAUGGUGUCGGAGGAUGGAAACGGACGACGUGUCGGUGAGGGAGCAACUUUUCCACAACCGUGUCAGGGAGACCAUCAUCUGUGUACUCCUGUUUACGUGCCUUUACAUCGUGUCUUACCUCAUCCUUGCACGCUUCAAGAAGACUGCAGAAUUUGUCACCGAUGAUAUUGAGGAUGCUACAGUCAACAGAAUUGCGCUGUGGCUGUGUACAUUCACGCUCUCCGUUGCUGUGUGUGCCGUGCUGCUUCUGCCCAUCUCGAUUUUGUCCAAUGAGGUCCUGCUCACCUUCCCACACAGCUACUACAUGCAAUGGCUCAAUGGCUCUCUGAUCCAUGGGUUGUGGAACCUCGUUUUCCUUUUCUCUAAUUUGUCCCUGGUCUUCCUCAUGCCGUUUGCGUACUUCUUCACUGAGUCUGAGGGAUUUGUAGGAUCCAAAAAGGGAGUGAUGGCACGAGUAUAUGAAGCAGUUGUCCUGUUGUUGCUGUUAGCCCUCCUGGUGUUGGGCAUUGUGUGGGUGGCAUCAGCCCUUCUGCACGACAACCUGGCCAGGAAGAGCCUCUAUGAUCUUUGGGAGUAUUACCUUCCCUACUUAUACUCGGGCAUCUCUCUCUUUGGAGUGCUGCUGCUCCUGCUGUGCACACCUUUUGGGUUGUCUCGCAUGUUCAGUGUAACAGGCCGCCUGUUGGUCAAACCACAACUGUUUGAAGAUGUCGACGAUGCUCUCAGCUGCACCACACUGGAGGAGGACUCACUUUACAGGAAAUUGAAGUGUGGCAGUUCUCAGUCCUGCUGGGUCAAGCUGAACAUUGAAGCAAUGAAGAAAGAGCAUCAAGCGGUCCAAACAAAGCGUAUCGCCUUGGAGAAGCGAAGGAAAGCGUCGCCCUGGCAGAGAAACUUGGGCUAUCCGCUGGCCAUGCUUAUGCUCCUCGCCCUCACCGUGCUGUGUGUUCUGAUGGUGUGUUUCAAUGUGCUGGAGCUACUCCUUGACGAGACAGCGAUGCCCAGAGGAAUGGAAGACCCUCACCUUGGGAUGGCCUCCUUCUCAAUGUUUGGUUCACUGGGUGCAGCAGUUCAAGUUGUCCUUAUACUCUAUUUAAUGGUUUCAUCAGUUGUAGGAUUCUAUAGCUCUCCCCUCUUCACCAGCUUGGUACCUCGUGCACAAGACACUAACCUCACACAGAUGAUUGCCAACUGUGUGUCUCUUCUCAUCCUGAGCUCAGCACUUCCAGUCUUUUCACGGACACUUGGGAUCACGCGCUUUGACCUGUUGGGAGACUUUGGUCGCUACAACUGGCUUGGGAACUUCUACGUUGUAUUCCUGUACAACAUGCUGUUUGCUGGCCUCACCUCUGCCUCUCUGAUCAAGACGGUCACGUGGGCUGUGCAGAGGGAACUCAUCCGUGCAUUUGGUCUCCACCGACUGCCCUUAACUGUCUCACGCUCCACUGUCCCGUUCAGACUUCUCCUGGCAAGCGGACUGUCCAAAAUCCAGUGACCUCUCCCUUGUCGUCAUGUUUUGUUUUUUUAAAGCAUUGAGUGACAAACGCACCUGUGAAGUGCAUUGUCAUCGUCAUUGGCUACAAAGCUUGUACGGCGCAAAGGGCCAAGGGAGAUGCGGCCACUUGACUGUGUGCAGUGGGUGGUCUGCGCAGAUGUUCGAUGACCAAAAUCUCAAGGCAUGUGCGUUCACAUGAGCAUAAUGACAGCCCCAGCAGGUUUAACCAGAGACGUGGUUAUGGCUCAGGGGGCGGGGGCCCAAUGUGAAUCAAAGCCAUAUUUCAUGGGCAGUGAAGCCCCAAAAGAGGAGCCGAGAUGAUGGCUUCUGAAACACGUAAAAGUCAGCAAAGCUAUUUUCAAGUGUUAUGCUGUAGCUGUGAGACCAUUUCCUCUUCCUGCUCCAGAUUGAUGGAUUGCUCGCUCUCAUCUUCUCGGAAACUUACCGACACUUUCUUCUCGAAGGAUGUUCCACUAUUUUAAGAGUUGAAAUAGGACUCAUGUGGUGCAGCUUGGACUGCUGUACAGUUGGUCGGUGAGUGGGAAGUUGCGCAGGGGAAAUGGGAUGACGGGGUAUCUUGUGUAGUCUGAGGGCUAAAGAGUCUGAGCUGCUUUACAUUUUGUCUUUUGAAUUUUUUGGGGGGGUGGGGCGGGACUAAGUUUACAAAGUCAAACUCUGACUUAGAAAAAUGCACAAAAGGAAUGCUUUACACUUGUGUCUUACGUAUUGAAAGCCAAGUGAAAUCCCGUCAGGGGGAUCAUGUGACUUCGACCGACCAUACUGUGAAUUAUUUUGUUAUUUUGUUGGGGAAGUGCAAUAUGUUAAAGCACACUAACUUGUAAAAGUGAUUUUUUUUAAUUGUGUUUAUCUCGACUGCCUCUCGUAGGUGUGAAUGUGUUUUGGUUUGUGUGGUUGUUUUUCAUGAAGUCAGUUUCAACUUUUCGAUAACUUCCGUUACAUCUUGAUCAGCUGUUAAUGCACAAACGAUCAUCCUCUCGUCAGCUGUGGCAUUUCUCCGCUGUAUCAAGUUAUGAGACGUUGGACUGAUCAGCAGGGGGCAGUGCAUGUCAAGUUCUUCCGACUGUGCGGUCUUAGCAGCCCUUUUUGAUUGAUUGACCACAGACUUGUAAAUCGUUUGCGUGGAUCGCUGAGGGCUCACGCUCCUUUUCUCUUUGUAAAUAAGUAGGAACACAAUAUUGUUGAAUCUGAUUUAAAUCAUAUGUCAGGCCAUUGGAGGAGCUUCACAUCACAGGGUCACAGGAGUCUUAACCCCACAUAUCAGUUGUGAAACUGUUGGUUGUGAUACAGCUGGAACACCAAAUCUUUAGAGUUCUUCUCAAAGAUUGCCAAAUAGUGCUCAAUGUUUACUUUGAAACACUGUUGUCGUUUUAACAGCAAAACCCAAUAAACAAUUGUCUUGUUUUUA